AUGGCGGCCUCCGCUUGGCGCGGGUACGAUCCCGAGACAAUGGCACAGUCAGAAAUCGUCGCAGAAGGUCCGUCUUCGCUUGAAACUUCCACUCCGACGGAGGAGAUAGUGGAUGAAGGCCUUUUCCCGUUGGUGGCACUUCGUAAACGCCAGCAACGUUCGAACACUUCGGCGGUCAACGGACGCUCCAUGAGUUCCGGCACUUCUGUGCCUACGAAUCCUGAAAAGUCCAACCCUCAGCUCUCGCAAGCAGCGGGAUCGAAGAAAUGGUGGCCCACUGCUAUGCCUCGACUCCGCAAAGAAGGUUUCACGAUUGUCAUCAAGCCCAGAGUGACGAUCUCCCUGAAGACAGCCCUGCAGAACGUGCCCUCGGGUUCUGACACCACUUCAAAAGCUCCCACGACUAGCAACAAGAGGACGAAAGACACAACCGGACCAGCGCCACCGGCGGGCACCUUGCCAGGACGUGCCCCCAAGUCACCUCGGUCAACUAACCCGAAAGCGUCACGGGACACAGGCGCCCCUACAUUCCAAGACGGGGACUUUCCGGCUCUCGAAGGCCCUCCGUCUGGCACACCAAAGAAUACGUCUCAGCCCAAGGUAGGCAGCCGAGACGGGCCUCCUCCGCCUCCCCGCACUCCCCUACCUUCUCCCCCACCAAAGAUUCCUCCUCAUCCCCCCCUUAAUUCUGACGUCAUGGACCACCGCCGCGAGCUCGAGACUCUCCGGGCAUAA